AAACGGAGUCAGUGAGAGUUGAGCCGCUUCCCAGCCUCUUGCUCCUGUGCUCUGCGCUGCUCACUCGUCCGGCUCAGCGUUGGAUAAAGGCGCAGGACAUGAUGGGGUGUGAGCCCGGGAGCCCGGAUUCCAUGUACACGGUAUCUGCAUCUCUGCUGCUUCUUGGGAUGCUGAGCCCGGCUCUGUUUGCCUUUAACUUGGAAGUUGACAAAGUGACGGUGUACAGCGGCCCGGCGGACAGCUACUUCGGGUACUCAGUGGAUUUCUAUGUGCCUGACUCCAGGACGGCUAGUAUCUUGAUUGGAGCUCCCAAAGCCAAUACCUCUCAGCCGGAGAUAGUGGAAGGUGGAGCUGUGUACUAUUGCCCAUUUCCAGAUAAAGAGAGUAAUGGAUGCAAGCAAAUCCCUUUUGAUACAACCAAUAACAGGAAUAUCCGGAUAAACGGAACCAAAGAGGCCGUUGAGUUCAAAUCAAAACAGUGGUUUGGGGCAACCGUCAGGUCCCAUAAGGAAAAAGUUGUGGCAUGUGCUCCCUUAUAUCAUUGGAGAAGUGUCAAGACUGUCCAGGAAAAGGAUCCUGUUGGAACCUGUUAUGUUGCCAUCCAGAAUUUCAGUGCUUACGCGGAAUACUCUCCUUGCCGUGGACACAAUGUCGAUCCUGAAGGGCAAGGUGUCUGUCAAGCAGGAUUCAGUUUGGACUUUUACAAGAAUGGUGACAUAGCUCUGGGAGGACCGGGCAGUUUUUACUGGCAAGGUCAAGUAUUCUCUGCCAGUAUCGCAGAAAUAAUUAAGGGCUACUCCUUCAAGACCAUUAUCAGGAAACUAGUUGGAGAGAAGCAAACUAGGAUGGCCCAGUCUGAAUAUGAUGACAGCUACCUGGGAUACUCGGUUGCUGUUGGAGAAUUCACGGAUGACUCUGAACAAGAGCUCGUGGCUGGAGUCCCAAGAGGAGCGCAGAAUUUUGGCUAUGUGUGCAUAAUCAGUUCUUUCGAAAUGAUCUUCAUUCAGAAUUUUACGGGUGAUCAGAUGGCUUCGUACUUUGGAUAUACCGUUGCUGUGUCUGACGUAAACCAUGACGGGUUGGAUGAUAUCCUGGUUGGUGCCCCUCUCUACAUGGACCGUGAGUUUGAGAGUAACCCCAGGGAAGUGGGUCAGGUUUAUCUCUACUUACAAGAAAGCCCUCUGACAUUUAAAGAUGCCCAGGUGCUGAGAGGGGCUGACGUUUUCGGACGGUUUGGCAGCGCCAUUGCACAUCUAGGAGAUCUAAAUCAAGAUGGAUUCAAUGAUAUCGCAAUCGGCUCUCCUUUUGCUGGAGAAGAUCGAAAAGGCAGGGUGUUUAUUUUCAAUGGAAACAGCAAUGGGUUAAACAAAGAUCCUUCUCAAACACUGCAAGGAACAUGGGCCUCCAAGUCUAUCCCCCCAGGAUUUGGCUUCACUCUGAGAGGCAACUCAGACAUAGACAAAAACGAUUAUCCAGAUCUAAUUGUUGGUGCUUUUGGAGCAGGGAAAGCGGUUGUUUACAGAGCCAGACCCGUAGUUUCUGUGGAUGCCCAGCUUCUUCUCCAUCCAAUGAUUCUGAACCCAGAGAAUAAAACCUGUCAGCACCCGUUUUCCAACUUACUUGUGACUUGUUUCACUGUAAGAGUUUGUAUGACUGUGUCAGGACAAAGCAUUCCAUCCAUCAUUGUCCUUAAAGCUGAGCUUGAGUUGGACUGGUUGAAGCAGAAGGGUGCAGUGAAGAGAACUCUUUUCCUGGAUUCCCACCAUUCCCACCAUGCCUUUGAUCUGAUAAUAGGAAAAAACAAACCUUCCCAGUGUCAAAACUUUGUUGUUUAUCUCAGGGAAGAAUCUGAAUUCCGUGAUAAGCUCACUCCAAUCAGUGUCAACUUGAAUUACACUUUGGAUGAAUCAGCUUUUCUUGGUGACCUGGAAUUACGGCCAAUACUUAAUCGUUACAAGGAAACAAGCAUCCAAGAACAGGCACACAUUCUGGUAGACUGUGGGGAAGAUAACAUGUGCAUUCCUGACCUGAAACUCUCAGCAAGAUCAGACAAGAAGAAGCUUAUCGUAGGCGAUGAAAACCACGUUAUGUUCAUCAUAAAUGCAAUGAAUGACGGCGAAGGCGCUUAUGAAGCGGAGCUUCAUGUGGAUAUACCACCGGAAGCAGAUUACGUGGGCGUUGAGCGCAACACAGAGGGACUGCGGCAACUUAAUUGUGAAUACAAAAUGGAAAAUGAAUCUCGAAUGGUUGUGUGUGACCUUGGAAAUCCAAUGGCUGCUGGGGCAAAUGUCUCAGUUGGUCUGCGAUUUGUUAUCCAGAGAUUAGAAAAUGUUGACAACAUCACGUUUGAUCUCUAUGUAAAGAGUUCCAACAAGGACAAUCCCAACAGCAACUCUGUCAGCCUACAAAUUAAUGUUACUGCCGUGGCACAAGUUGAAAUAAGAGGGGUGUCCCAUCCUCCCCAAAUUCUUCUUCCCAUUCCUAACUGGGAGCCUAAAGAAAAACCUACCGAAGAACUAGAAGUUGGACCAUUAGUACAACACGUAUAUGAGCUGCAUAAUAUAGGCCCCAGCGCAGUGAGUGACACCCAUCUCAGCGUGGCGUGGCCGUCUCAGAGCCGCGAGGAGUUUCUUCUCUAUGUGUUUGACAUUCAGACAGAGGGGCCACUAAGAUGCCUACCAGAAAGUGCUCUGAACACCUUGCAGAUAAAGCCAAGUGAAGCAGAGGACACUCCAGAGUUAGCAGCGUUUCUCCGAAAUUCCAGUGUAUCUCACGCCGUGAGCCGCAGGGAUGUAGCAAAGGCUGAGCCUCUGAGACAUGUUCCCAUCCCAACGAAACUACUGAACUGCACAAAUGUGAAGUGUUUAACAAUAUCAUGCAAAGUUGGACGUUUAGACGGAGGACAGCGAGCAGUGCUAAAAGUCAGAUCACGACUGUGGGCACAAACCUUUCUACAGAGGAAAAACGAUCACUACUCUCUCACUGCCAAUGUGUCGUUUGAAGUGAAGAAGAUGCCGUAUGGCAUUCAGCCUGCAAAGCUUCCGGCAGCAAGCAUAGCGAUAAAAACCUCCGUGCUUUGGGCCACUCCAAAUGUUUCAUUUGCCAUCCCUCUUUGGGUCAUUAUUCUUGCCAUCCUCCUGGGGUUACUGGUAUUGGCCAUUUUGACUGUAGUUAUGUGGAAGUGUGGAUUCUUUGACAGAGAAAGACCCCCUCAAGAUGAUGUAACAGAUGACACAGAACAUUUAACUAACAAGACAGCUGAAGCUUGAAAACUAUUGCGAAUGCUGUACUAUUGGAGUAAAAUUGCAAGAUAAAUGGUUAUUUUUCUACAAAGGAGGCUACUUGAAUGUACCUACUUCUCCAAAAGAUGAAUUUUCACGGAAGAACUUUUCCGGCGCCUUAAAAAAAGAAAAAUGAAAGAAAACUUUCUAUGAUGUCACAGAAAGUGUUUUACUUGAAUAUUUCCAGGGCCUGUUUGGAAAUCUUGGGAUUCGCAUGGUGCGCGCUCUAAGGACAUGACGGAAAUGACUUUAAACAAUGAGGCAGUGCCUUCAUUACUGUAAUUCCUGGAUUAUAGUCUAAGACAACUACUGUCGGGUAAAAGACGUUGGAUGACCAAUUGAUGAAACCAACAAGAACAGCUCUUGAAAUAAACAAUUAUGGAUACAUUUUAGGGAAAGUUGGGACGGUGAUAAAAAGACUUGGAGUGAAACACAAAUACGUAUAUCAAUAUAUCCUGAAAAUUGGAAUGUUUUUAACAU